AUGAAGAUCAAGUCCCUGGAGGAGAUCCAUUUGUUCUCCCUGCCCAUCAUGGAGUGUGAGGUCAUUGACUUCCUAGAAGCAUCUAAGGAUGAGGUUGUAAAAAUCACAACAGUGCAGAAGCAGACUCAGGCUCAUCAGCGAACCCUGUUCAAGGCUUCUGUCAGUGCACUGGGUCACGUUGGUCUAGAUGUUAAAAAGGCUGCGGGAGUAAGAAGAUUAAUAAGCCCCGCACUGACCAUACAGGGGACAGGCCACUGUGGCUCUGUCCUGGUGCGUUUCAUCUCUGGCCCCAGAGACACAGGCACCUUCUCGGCUCCCAUGCCCAAGAAACUGUUGCUGCUGGCUGGCAUUGAUGACUGCUACCCAUCAUGCACUGUCAGCUGA